AUGGGUUGCGGAAUGAGUACAGAGGAUAAGGAGGGCAAGGCCCGGAACGAGGAGAUCGAGAACCAGCUCAAGAGGGAUCGCAUGCAACAACGUAAUGAGAUCAAGAUGCUUCUUCUGGGUGCUGGUGAAUCCGGAAAGUCGACCAUCUUGAAGCAGAUGAAGCUUAUCCACGAAGGAGGUUACUCGCGCGACGAGCGCGAGUCGUUCAAGGAAAUCAUCUUCAGCAACACUGUGCAGUCCAUGCGCGUCAUCCUCGAGGCCAUGGAGUCCCUAGAGUUGCCACUGGCCGACCAGCGCGUCGAGUACCAUGUCCAGACCAUCUUUAUGCAGCCCGCUCAAAUAGAAGGCGACGUGCUGCCUCCUGAGGUCGGCAAUGCCAUCGAAGCCCUUUGGAGUGACGCUGGCGUCCAGAGCUGCUUUAAGAGGUCAAGGGAGUACCAACUGAACGACUCGGCAAGAUACUACUUCGAUAAUAUCGCCCGUAUCGCCGCGCCGGACUAUAUGCCCAACGACCAGGAUGUUCUGCGAUCGCGUGUCAAGACGACCGGUAUUACGGAAACGACUUUCAUUAUUGGCGAUCUUACGUACCGUAUGUUCGACGUCGGUGGACAGCGUAGCGAACGCAAGAAGUGGAUCCACUGCUUCGAGAACGUCACCACCAUUCUCUUCCUGGUCGCCAUUUCCGAGUACGAUCAGUUGCUUUUCGAAGAUGAAACCGUCAACCGCAUGCAGGAGGCCCUUACUCUGUUCGACUCCAUCUGCAACUCCAGGUGGUUUAUCAAGACAUCUAUCAUUCUUUUCCUCAACAAGAUCGAUAGGUUCAAGGAGAAGUUGCCCGUCAGCCCGAUGAAGAACUACUUCCCCGAUUACGAGGGUGGCGAUGACUACGCCGCCGCUUGCGACUAUAUCCUCAACCGCUUCGUCAGUUUGAACCAGCACGAGACCAAGCAGAUCUACACGCAUUUCACCUGCGCGACGGAUACCACACAAAUUCGCUUCGUCAUGGCUGCGGUCAAUGAUAUCAUUAUCCAGGAGAACCUGCGUCUCUGCGGUUUGAUCUGA